AUGUAUAAGGGAAAGUUGUCUGAUGAAGUUCAUGUUGCAAUCAAGAUCCUAAACAACACCAAUGGAAAUGGGGAGGAGUUUCUUAAUGAAGUGGGAACCAUGGGUAGAAUCCACCAUGUCAAUGUUCUUCAAGAUAUUGCUUUAGGUAUUGCCAAAGGAAUUGAAUAUCUUCACCAAGGUUGUGAUCAACGAAUCCUCCAUUUUGAUAUCAAACCUCAUAAUAUUUUACUUGAUCACAAUUUUAAUCCAAAAAUAGCUUAUUUUGGCCUCGCCAAAUUAUGUUCCAAGGAACAAAGUGUAGUUUCUAUGACUACAGCUAGGGGGACCAUGGGCGAUAUUGCUCCAGAGAUGUUAUCCAGGAAUUUAGAGAAUGUGUCUUACAAGUCAGAUGUUUUUAGCUAUGGAAUGCUAUUACUUGAAAUGGUAGGAGGAAGGAAGAAUAUUGAUGUUACUGCGGAUAAUACUAGUCCAGUUUACUUCCCAGGAUGGAUUUAUAAUCAUCUAGAUCAAGGUGAAGAGCUACAAAUUCGAAUUGAUGAAGAAGGAGAUACUCAAAUAGUAAAAAAAAAAUUGGCAAUUAUUGGACUUUGGUGUAUUCAAUGGUUCCCAGCAGAUCAUCCUUCUAUGAAGCUUGUGGUUCAAAUGUUAGAAGGAGAACAUAAUUUAUCCACACCUCCCAAUCCUUUCACUUGCACUGGUCCAACAAAAACGAAUGCAAGCACAUCUAAAAGAUACCUUCAACAAGAGUUAACAGUUAUCUCAGAAAUUGAAUGAAAGAUGUCAUCCUGUCUUUUUCAAUUUUUAGAAGUGUGUAAUUUAAAUAUGAUGUAGUAAUCCUCCAUCAA